CCUCCUGAACCUCUGACAAAAUCAAACGAUACGUUGGCAGAAGAAAUUGUGGAAUUUAUGCGAGAUGCAUGGAAUUUACAUGUACCUAAUUUAAUUAUAUCAGUUACCGGUGGUGCAAAAUAUUUUAUAGAAACAUUAGGCUUUAGUUUAUUUGAUCCAUAA